AGCGACUCUAGCACCUGGCUUUUUACGCGGCGAAUGUUUUUGCGCGACGCAGCUUUGGGGAUGGACCUCGACGGCCAACUUCGCGCAGUUCGGUGGUUACAACAUCUUGUGUUGCGCUUCGAGGCCGAUGAUAAUAAGGACGAGGGCACCUUUUCCAGCCUAUAUGCAGUGGUCACGUAUGGGGAUGUGGCCAUGUCCUCCAACACUGCGUCCGUACCGGCUCGCCUCGAGGUCGAAUACGUGAGCGAUGUGGGUGAGCACUGGCAAGCCUUGCAAUGGUCUGCCGUGACCUUUACACUCCUCAGCAUAGUGUACGCUGGCUACAUCACAACCAUGUGGAAGCGCCGCCACAAGCGCGAGUUUGUCGAUGGUGACACUCUGCUCGUUACGGCAGGCAGUGCACUACAUGCUUUUUCCGUGCUGAUGGCUUGGGCGUGCAUUGGCUACAGCAUCCAUCUUGUAUUGGUUUUCACGGGUCGCCGCCAACACUCGUCAUUUUUGCCCGUCAAGCGGCAGCGUGAUUAUCUUGACGAGUACUUUUUGCCCAUUGUGACCUGGUUCCUGCUGGCGGAUGCCAUCUGGCUCGUGUACCGUCAAAGCAGCAGCGAUGUGUUCUUCAUCGAUUGGGAGCGUUCCAAGCUUUCACCCUCUGUCACGGCGGGGGACGCCAAACCACCCGGUCGCACCGAGAAUGAUCCGGGGCAAGGCUCGGUGCCCAUGAUCAGUGUCUGGCGCCGCAUCCAGGCAGCGCGAGAGUGGUUGGCUAUCCAAACCUAUCGACGCGUGCCUCCGGCCGUCCGCCUUUUAUUAGUCCUGUUGUGCCUCUACGGGUUUGAUGUUGGCGAGUAUGCCGAGAACAGCAGUGGCUAUGCUCCAGAUUAUCGGUCCAAAGAUCACCACCUUUUGCGCUUUGGCUUGGUCGUCCUGAUCUACGUUUUUCUGAGCUUGGCCAUCUUUGCGUAUGGCCAGACCAUUUAUCUGCGCUACGUCGGCGACAAGCUGACGCAUUUUGUUGAUCGUCUCUCCGUGCUCAACGUGAGCUUGGUUGUCAUGGACUCGGAUUAUCGGGGCUGGUAUAUUCAUGGGCAAAGCCCCCACGGGUUUGCUGAUGUUAGCAUGGACAAGCUCUUGGACAAUUUGCGCAAGGAUGCCGAGCUGCCUCGCCACACGGCUGCCGAUCGUCAGGCGCUCACGAACGCGCGCUUGCACAGCACGCGCGCCCAAGCCGAUUUGAACAUGCAUUGGAUGGCCUAUUUGCAGCGCAGCUAUCCCGAUCUCGACUACGUUGUUGCUAAUCGUUCUUUUGUGGAUCGGCUUGUGGAUCGCACUCCGGUUGUCUUGAAUCGUGGCAUUUUCUAUCGCGACUUUAGCAACGGGUUCCAGACAACCCUUUUCAUGGGAUCAGAGCGUUAUGGGCGGAUUAACAUUUCCAACAAGACAUUGCUGGAUGACCGCUUCCUCUAACGGGCGUGUGUUUGAUAUAAAAUACAAGGCAGCUGGCUGCAAUUCAAGGUUCAGGUGG